UAGGAAAAAAACGGAGGGACAUAAAUGUUAGAUAAUUUCUGAAAAUGAUCUAUAAGAGAUCCAUUAAGCAAUUGCAGUGUAAAUGUGAUUACAGACGAGACGGAGGGCGGGGCUUCCCCAUACACAGACAAAUCCUCCGGUUCACAGAUCUUGAAAUCGGCUUUCACUGCCCUCUGCACAAUUGGGGUUCGAUCGCAUGAGAGAUGGCGAGGCCGUCAUCGAAGCACGUAUCAGUGAAGUUGGUGCUAAUAUGCUUGGGGCUUCUUGGAUUUGCUCUCAUGGCCGACUUUAUGUGGGCUUCCUCUUCGCGCUUUUCCUAUUCAUUAUCUAUCGCAUCCAAUUGGGCUCCUCCUUACCAUUCCGAUAGCAGCAUAACGAUGCCCAGAAAGCCAGAUCAUGGAAAUCUCAACAAGGGAGAGGCUGCUAAAGGUGGUAAAGACACUAAUCCUGGGAGAACACUGUCAGCAACCUUUGCUGAUCUGCCAGCUCCAGAGUUAACGUGGAAGAAGAUGGCAACUGCUCCUGUGCCUCGCUUGGAUGGUGCUGCAAUACAGAUCAAGAAUCUUCUAUAUGUAUUUGCUGGAUAUGGCACCAUUGAUCUUGUACAUUCACAUGUUGACGUUUAUAAUUUUACUGAUAACACAUGGGGAGGAAGAUUUGAUAUGCCAAAGGAAAUGGCACAUUCACAUUUAGGGAUGGCAACUGAUGGAAGGUACAUUUAUGUAGUCACAGGGCAAUACGGUCCACAGUGCCGGGGCCCUACUGCUCAUACAUUUGUGCUCGAUACAGAGACAAAGCAAUGGCAGGAUAUGCCCCCAUUACCAGUCCCCAGGUAUGCACCGGCAACUCAACUUUGGAGAGGUAGACUCCAUGUGAUGGGCGGUAGCAAGGAAAACCGGUACACACCUGGUUUGGAGCAUUGGAGUCUUGCUGUGAAGGAUGGGAAACCCUUAGAAAAGGAGUGGAGGAGCGAGAUACCUAUUCCUCGAGGAGGACCUCACAGGGCAUGUAUUGUUGUUGAUGACCGACUUUAUGUUAUCGGAGGACAAGAAGGUGAUUUUAUGGCAAAACCAGGAUCCCCUAUUUUCAAAUGCUCUCGCAGGAAUGAGGUGGUUUACAGUGAUGUUUACAUGCUGGAUGAUGAUAUGAAAUGGAAAGUGCUGCCAUCAAUGCCAAAACCGGAUUCCCAUAUUGAGUUUGCUUGGGUGGUGGUUAACAAUUCAGUUGUCAUUGUUGGGGGCACGACAGAUAAGCAUCCUCAAACCAAGAAGAUGGUUCUCAAUGGAGAAGUAUUCCAAUUUAACUUGGAUUUGCAGCAAUGGUCAGUGAUAGGGAAGCUCCCAUUCCGUGUGAAGACUACGCUGGUUGGGUAUUGGGAUGGAUGGUUGUACUUUACGUCUGGACAACGAGAUAAAGGACCCGAUAAUCCCUCGCCGAAGAAGGUGAUUGGUGAAGUGUGGAGAACGAAAUUGAAACUCAUCUUAUGACAAUUUUUCCUUCCAUUUCUUCUGCAACUUCGUUUUGGCUGUGCUUUGCCUUUCUUGUAGAGCGUAGAGGUUGAUUGAGAACAAAAGAAAAAGAAAAGAAAAGAAAAAUCCCUCCUACCCUUAGAUGUAUUCAUUCUCUGACUAAAUAUUUUGUUGCUCCCCUCAAUUCUGAAAUACAAAUAUUGUACAACUAUCAUUUAGAUGGGGAAAACUUUGUUCUUUUAUUUA